AUGCAGAAAAAGAUCGACAGUCAAGAUGAGGAGAUUGAUGCGCUAAAACUCACAGUCAGCAAAUUGACAAUAGCUUUGCAUACGAGGGGAAAUGUUGUGGACGUUAUGAAAGAUUCUGAACACUACGCAAAGGAUCUGAUAGAACAAUAUAAUAGUCAGAAUUUGACUGCAAAUGAUUGGAAAGAACCGGAAAGAAAAGAGAAAAAGGUAGAAGAAUCUGAAAGAAAUUUUGAAAAUGAACAACCUGUAUGGAAUUAUAAUAGUUUUUACGAUGAAGACGUAGACUCACAUGAGAGCUCUUAUUUAUCAUCAAACUAUGAAGAUGAAACAGACGAAAUUGAUUCGAGUGAAGAGUUUGAUCCUCUUGGUCCAAAACAAGUCAAGAGAAAGACUAAUAAAGAAUCAAAGAAAGAUGACAAAUCACGUGAAACGGCAACUGGCUUGGAAAAAGAACAAGAGAAGAAAUUCAAUAAAAAAGGAACUUCGUAUACAAAACCUUCUUAUAAUAAGCCAUUUACAUCAAGUCCGUCAACAAGUCGUUGGCAAGAUUCCCUAAAAGAGCAAAAGAAAAUAACAACAGGCUCAAACAAGCCAGAGGAGAGAACAUCCAAUGGAAAUGGGUAUUGUACCGUUGAAAACCCUGCAACUCAGCCGAAGACUGGAAAAUUUGUAUAUAACUAUAAGCCUCCUCCUCCAAUAAGCAUUUCAAAAUCGAUAUAUCCAGGCGAUAUGACGUAUACGUACAGCAAUCCUAACGCUCGUAGAAAGUUCGAGCGCAAACCUGUUCAAGAUUCUCCAACAGAGUCGGAAGUGGCAUCAUCUGAGAAAGAAAAAGCAAUUGAAAAGAAACUCAGCAAGGAAGAUGGGGCAAAAGGAAAACCAUUGUACGAUUGGGGCGGCCCUCCAACAGGAGAAAAAUUGCCGUGGCACAAAUAA